AUGCUGUUACGAAACCUGUGGCCGGUGCUGAUCUUGCGGCUGGCGGUGCUCAUCCCCCUCUUCGUCGUCGGGUGCCCCCUGAUCGUUCUAACCCAGCUCUUGGGCUUUCUCGUCUUCCGCACCUGGUUCCCCAACCCGGGCUACUUGCAGGCGGUGAUCAACGUCACCAAGACCCAUUUCAUCAUCUUGCUCACGUUUAUUUCCCAGGUGAUCAGUCCCACGACGAUUAAUGUCACUUACGACCCCAACGUGGUUGGCGAGGGGGCAUUCACCACUAAUGCCAAAAACCAGCUUGUCAGCCACUUGCUGCCGAACCUGGUGAUCAUGCUGAACCACCAGAUCUACACCGAUUGGCUCUACCUCUGGUUUAUCGCCUAUACAUCGCAGCUUUCCAGCUGUAUCUACAUUGUCCUCAAGGACCUCUCCAAGAUCCCCGUGUUGGGCCAGGGGAUGAAGAACUACAACUUCUUGUUUCUCAGCCGCAAGUGGGCCGCCGAUAAGCCUGUACUCACUCGCCAAUUAGGGGAAAUCGACGCUAACGCUCGCGGCGUUGGUCCCGCUAAUGGCGUCACCCCCAUCACCGAGGAAACGAAGCUUGCCGCUGUGUGGCCGCCUCUGGUACCUGAAGGUCAACCGAAACAGGUGUGGCCCUACGAGCUCCUUAUCUUCCCCGAGGGGACAGUGAUGCUGAACCGCACCGUCAAUAAGCUGCGUGAAUUCUGCAAGGAGCAAGGACGCAAGCCCCUUGAAAACGUGUUGUUGCCUCGCGUGAGAGGGUUAUUCUUAGCCCUCCGCAAGCUCCGCCACAGUGUCGAGUUCGUCUACGACUUCACCACCGGCUACGGCGACUUGGGCCAGUACGAAUUCGGCGAGGAUAAGUUCCUGUUGAAGCGGUUUUACCUUAGAGGGUAUGGACCCCCUUCGAUUAACUACUACGUUGAUGCUUACCGGCUCAGCGAGAUCCCUUUGGGCGCCGAAACCGACGACGUCGACGACGCCGACCCCGAGGACUUGCGCAAGUUUGACGAGUGGUUGUCGCAGGUGUGGUACGCUAAGGACGCCCGCAUGCAGCAGUUCUACGAGCACGGCAAGUUUGUUGCCAAAAACAGCGAGGUGACGGUGCUGGCGCGGUUCGGGCUCUACCUGGUGUUGGAGAUCGUGCGGCCGUUUUUGCCCGUGGUCACGGUGUUGUUGGUGCUCAGAUGGGUGGUCAAAUUCCUCUACAAGACGGUGGUUAACUAA